GCUGUGCGUCUCUUGGAGGCCUGUAGGAGUCAGCAUGCUGCGUGGCUGGGCCGCCCCCUUGCUCCUGCUGCUGCUCCAGGGAGGCUGGGGCUGCCCCGACCUCGUCUGCUACACCGAUUACCUCCAGACGGUCAUCUGCAUCCUGGAGAUGUGGAACCUCCACCCCAGCAUGCUCACCCUUACCUGGCAAGACCAGUAUGGAGAGCUGAAGGACGAGGCCACCUCCUGCAGCCUCCACAGGUCGGCCCACAAUGCCACGUGCGCCACCUACACCUGCCACAUGGAUGUAUUCCACUUCAUGGCCGACGACAUUUUCAGUGUCAACAUCACAGACCACUCUGGCAACUACUCCCAGGAGUGUGGCAGCUUUCUCCUGGCUGAGAGCAAAAACUUAGAAAAGCUGACCACCCUGUGCUGCUAG